GUCAUUCCACAACAACAUUUUCCGUGUUGUUUGGAAAACUCCUGAGGGGGCGAAACAAUACACGCGGACACGGAAGAAGAACCAAUCGGUGACACCGGCAGCGGUGUAAGCAGAAAGUAAAUUGGGUGUAAACGCAACGAAAAACAUACGCGGCGGGCCUGUGCGAGGGGUUGCUGUUUGCGCAUACAUUCCCUGCCCUGUCCCGUACCACACGACACCCACGUUCUUGCCGGGUGGCACAGUAGGCGACGGCGUGUGUGAGUGUGUGUUUUUUGGUGUGCCGUGGCAAAAACAACAAGGAGUCGGCAACUCCUUGCGCGGUUUUCGCGGCCCGCAAGGGAUGGAGUAAAGCUAGUUAAUUAAACGUGAUUUGUCAAAAGUGCUGGUGAGCACGAAAACAAAACAAAGGAAAAAAGGUGCAUUUUCCAAACCGAGUGCUGUGCCAAACGGGAGUGUCUCCGUGUGUCUGUGUGUGCGUUUGUGUUAUCCACGUUUUCCACCCGGAGGGAGACAAAGGGCAAAAAAGUGCAAACAAUCUCCGUGUUACGCACUGCACGCCCGUGUGUGUGUGUGUGUGUGGUGACGGAGCAGAGUAUCCCUGCAGCAUCCUGACGGCAACGAUACGAGCGGUGCAAUAGACACCGGAGGAGGUGGAGAUACGGCCAACGACACGGACGCGGAAAAGGAAAUGCUCCUGUCGACGGCCGAAUCGUCGGCCUACUCGGCACAGGAGGUAGCGGCCCGGCUCCGGGUGGACGUUCGCACGGGCCUGCGAUGGUCGGAAGCCAACAGUCGCUCCAAGAUCGUCGGCUACAACGAGCUCAACGCACUGGACGACGAGCCACCCUGGAUGAAGUAUGUGCAGCAGUUUAAAAAUCCACUGAUCCUGCUGCUGCUGGGUUCCGCCCUCGUGAGUGCCUGUAUGCGACAGUUUGAUGAUGCAAUCAGUAUUACCAUUGCGAUCAUUAUCGUCGUCACGGUUGCGUUCAUCCAAGAGUAUCGUUCGGAGAAAAGUUUGGAGGAGCUUAAGAAGCUUGUCCCGCCGGAAUGUCACUGCUUACGGGAAGGUCGGCUGGAAACGUUUCUGGCAAGAAAUCUCGUACCGGGCGAUAUCGUGUACCUCAACGUAGGCGAUCGCGUCCCGGCCGACAUACGCAUCUUCGAAGCGUUCGAUCUGUCGAUCGACGAGUCAAGCUUUACGGGCGAAACGGAACCGGCACGCAAAAGCGUCGAGGUGGUACUGAACGCCAACAACACCAAGAACCAUGCCAGUAUGAAAAACAUUGCCUUCAUGGGCACGCUAGUUAGAUGUGGUAAUGGAAAGGGUAUCGUAGUUAGCACGGCCGAAAACAGCGAGUUCGGCGAGGUCUUUAAAAUGAUGCAGGCCGAGGAAGCGCCAAAAACGCCGAUGCAAAAAUCGAUGGACAUUCUCGGCGCGCAGCUGAGCUUCUACUCGUUCUGCAUCAUCGGCGCCAUCAUGCUGCUCGGCUGGAUACAGGCCAAACCGCUGGUGGAAAUGUUCACCAUCAGCGUCAGCUUGGCCGUGGCCGCCAUUCCGGAAGGUCUACCGAUCGUUGUAACCGUAACGCUCGCUCUCGGCGUCAUGCGUAUGGCUAAACGGCACUGCAUCGUUAAAAAGCUGCCAACGGUCGAGACGCUCGGCUGCGUCACCGUCAUUUGCUCGGACAAAACCGGUACGAUCACGAAGAACGAGAUGACGGUCACCGUCAUCAUCACGUCCGACGGCUACAUGGCGGACGUAACCGGCGCCGGCUACAACGAUAAUGGGGAAAUUCACAUCCGCGACUGCAACAGCAUGGACAAUGCGAAGGCCAGCAUCAACCAGCUGCUCGAGGCGGGCGUCGUGUGCAACAAUGCGAUCAUCCAGAACGACACACUGCUCGGCCAGCCGACCGAAGGGGCGCUGCUGGCGGCGGCAAUGAAGAACGGCCAGUACUCGGCCGCGGACAACUAUCUGCGCAUCCAGGAGUACCCGUUCAGCUCGGAGCAGAAGAUGAUGGCGGUGAAGGCGGUGCCAAAGUACGCCAACACGAAGGAGGAGCUGUUCUUCGUGAAGGGCGCGAUCGAGAUGGUUUUGCCCCAGUGCACCAAGUUCUGGUACGGCGGGCAAGCGAUCGCACUGAGCAAACAGAACGAGGCAGAAUUCCUGCAGGAAGCGUACGAGAUCGGGCGGAAAGGGCUGCGUGUGCUGGCGAUUGCGCGGGGCACCUCGCUGCAGGAUCUGGUCUAUCUCGGGCUGGUGGGAAUAACCGAUCCGCCGAGACCGCUCGUGCGCGAAUCGAUCGAAAUGCUGCGCUCGAGCGGUGUGCUGGUGAAGAUGGUCACGGGAGACUCUCAAGAAACGGCCAUGGCAAUCGCUUCUAAAAUUGGACUAGACAUUGUGCACAUGCAGGCCAUGUCCGGGCAUGAUAUUGAUCAGAUGAACGAAAUGCAGCUGGAAAAGAUAAUCAACACGGUGAGCGUGUUUUAUCGCGUCACACCCAAGCACAAGCUCGCGAUCGUGAAGGCGCUGCAGCAGAACGGCCACAUCGUCGGUAUGACGGGCGAUGGUGUGAACGACGGUGUGGCGCUCAAGCGUGCCGACAUUGGCAUUGCCAUGGGCAAGAACGGUACCGACGUGUGCAAGGAAGCUGCCGACAUGAUCCUGGUCGAUGACGAUUUCCAUACGAUCAUUGCUGCCAUUGAGGAAGGCAAAGGUAUUUUCUGGAACAUUCGCAACUUUGUCCGGUUCCAGCUGUCCACGUCGAUUGCAGCACUGUCGCUGAUUGCACUGUCCACGCUGAUGGGCAUCUCGAACCCGCUCAAUGCGAUGCAAAUCCUGUGGAUCAACAUCAUCAUGGACGGACCGCCGGCCCAGUCGCUCGGCGUCGAGCCGGUCGACCAGGACGUGCUGAAGCAGAAACCGCGGAACGUGAAACAGCCCAUGAUUUCGAAAUCGCUCAUCAUCAAUGUGCUGCUGUCGGCGGGCAUCAUCAUCCUCGGUACGCUGUGGGUGUUCCAGCGCGAGAUGGCGGACGGGACGGGCGUGACGAGCCGCGAUACGACCAUGACCUUUACCUGCUUUGUGCUGUUCGACAUGUGGAAUGCGCUGAGCUGUCGAUCGCAGACAAAGAGUGUAUUUCAAAUUGGCCUGUUUACGAACCGGAUGUUCCUGCUGGCGGUCGGCUUUUCACUCCUCGGCCAGCUGCUCGUCAUCUAUUUCCCGCCGCUGCAGAUGGUUUUCCAAACGGAAGCGCUCUCAGCGAUGGAUCUCCUCUUUCUCGUCUCGCUCACCUCGAGUGUGUUCAUCGUGUCCGAGCUGAAGAAGUGGUUCGAGCGCACCAUGGAGCGACGAAUGUACCGCAAGCGCACCGAGCUUGACUUUGUAUGACAAACAGCUCCCAAAGAUGCUGGAAGAUUGCACAAGGACUAAAUCCGGUUCCGCAUGGAAAGUGCGCGGACCGAAACGGAAAGAGUAAAACUGUAUAACCGACCGAGCGAAGAGCGAGGCCAGAAAGUGGCGGAACACGCGUGAGAGGAACGUUCCGUAUGCAAAGUAAAACAAACAAACAAACUUGACGGAAAUUUCGGUUGCGAUUGCGGCGGCUGCUACUACCAACUUCAACAACAACAACAACACCACCGAAGAUAGUAACCAACGACGACAACAACAGCAGGAAACAAAACAAACAAACAAACAAACAAACAAAUGCUACACAAAACACAAAACGGAGAACGACGACGCAUGACGAUCGACGACAAAUUUCUUAAGGCUAUAUAAAUACAGUGAAGAAGGAACAGCGGAAUAUUUUAACAGUUGCUUUCAAAGAACGCUUUCGGAACAGAACAAACCAACAACACACAAACCACUAUUCCAAUUCGAGCAAGUGCUACUGCUGGGCCUCCCUUUAGAAAAAUUAACCACCUAGAAAUGGAACGGCAAAGAGUCUCAAUAUUUCAUUCAAACUGUAAAAGGAAGGAUAUUAUAAAUAGUGCUCAACAGGGAUCGAAUUGAGGAUCGUGAAGCAGAUGAUAAGAAACAAGCACUAACUAUUACAUUCGAUUAUGAGCCAGUUCAGAUUUGAAGCUGAAUGAAGCGAUCACACUUACACACUUAAAAAAAACGAUGGGAACAAAGUGGAACACAGAGAUGGCUUACAGGAUGGACACUUGGAGAGAGAAAAACAGACAAAUUAGACGCAUGCGUGGAAGGUGGAGAAUAGAUGAUCCCCUUCCGCAAGAACGAUUUCAGAACAAACAAACAAAUAGGCAUACCGAAAAGGGACAAGUUACAUGGUGGUCGGAUGUUUUAUUUUAUAUUUUAAGCAAAACAUUCGCUUACUUCCUUUCUGUGUCGUGUAUUCCAGGGAGUAUACGGAUCAGUUGUUUCUACUGGUUCUAAAAAGCGGUAUUUGCAGAUGGAGAUAGGGAAAACACCAUUACGUGCAUGCUCAAAUCUGGACUCAAAACAAUCUCGCUGUAUAUUUAUAUAUAGUCUACUACUAUGUUGUGCCUUUCUGUUACUACUAUUUAGCUUAACCUUCUUCUAGGGAAUCGUUUUCUUCUUUGUUUUUUGUUUGCUUCUAUUUUUCCAAUUUUACCACUCCAAACACUCUACCCUUGCGGUGGGAAAUGCAAUUUUUCUCUUCAUCUUAGUGUAAAAGCUUUUACUGUUUUUGUUUUAAUGGCACGGCAAGGACAAGUAAGGAUAGAAACGGAGCAUACAGGCGCGUCAUAUAACUAUCUUUCGUCUAAGUAUUACUAAGAAAGGGACAGAGCGAGAGAAGAGAGGCCUAGGUACGGUACAGUGUUUAGUAGCUAAGUAUUUAAAAUGGUUCAGUUUUGUAAAAGUCAAUAAGGUAGGGAAAACGAAGAAAGUGCGACAAACAGGACAGCUAAACACAGAGAGACGUUGAUUCGGAGCGUCUGAGCGGCUGUGCAUUCAGUGACUUUAAAAAAGAAAGAGAGAAAGCGUACUAUAAAACAUUUAAGUCGUUAA